CAAUUCACGUAAUUUUUUUUAUGUUCAUUGUUUCAAUGUAAAUUUUAUAUAUUUCACUGUAUUUGUACUGAAUACAAUUUCGACAUUUAAAAGUACAAGUAUUGUACUAGUCGUACGUUAGUCACUAUAACGAUAACACUUGUUAGUCUUAAAGUAAAAAUCAUAAGCAUUCUUUAAAAAAACAAUGGAUAGAGAUUUGGAAGGGAAGACAGCCAUCAUUACAGGAGGAGCUAAAGGCAUUGGGUUCGCUAUUGCUGAUACAUUUCUUCAAAAUAAAGUGAAAGUGGUUAUUCUUCUUGAUUUGGAUGAAAAAUCAGGACUACUGGCGGUAAACGACCUUGAAACAAAAUAUGGUCAAGGCAAAGCGGCGUUUAUUAAAUGUAAUGUAAUGACCGAUUUGGAAACCGUUUCUGAAGAAAUAAUCAAUAAAUAUAAAACCAUUGAUGUCCUGGUCAACAAUGCUGGCUGGCAAAGGGAAGAUUCUAUAAGAGAGACUUUAGCCCUGAACUUAAUUGCUUUGGUUGAGUGGACAAUGAAAUUCCUUCAACACAUGAGGAAAGACGCUGGUGGUCCUGGGGGCACAAUCAUUAACAUAUCCUCAGGUUUGGGCUUAGUGAGCUUGCCAUACUUACCUUUCUACACAGCUUCUAAACAUGCGGUGAACGGAUUUUCUAAAACCGUUGGGCAUUCACUUAAUUUUAAAGCGCAUGGAGUAAGAGUGAUUACUCUGUGUCCUGGAGUAACGCGAACGAAUCUUAGCAAUUUUGGGGAGCUACAGGGGGAGUAUAAAGAGUUCAUGGCGGGAGCGGUUUGGCAGGACCCUGAUGCAGUGGGUGAGGCUGCCGCGGCCAUUUUCCGAGGAGCUGAUAGUGGAACGGUUUGGGUGGUCGAUGGUGGCAAGCCCGUCAGGCCAGUGCCAUCUUUGUAAGCGGAUUUACUAUAAUUUUAGUAAGUUCUCAAGCAUUAAAUCAGGGUCAAAUUUUGAAUGUAGAAAAUAUAAAUAGAGCUUGAUAUUAUUUGUGAAAAAUAAAAUAUAAAACGUUAA